UCACCCAGCGAAGAUGUUCAAAGUUGUGUUUCUUUUGUGCGGACUGUUGGUGGCCCUCAUCCAGGCUCGUCCCAGUUAUUUGCCCAGUUACGAGCACGUGGAGUAUGCACCCAGUGUGGUGGGAUAUGAACACUACGCCCUGCCAGCCGCCGUUUCCCACCAAAGCUCCACUGUGGUGCACGAGAAGCGUCCCUACUGGCGCCCCAUUGUGGACCACACUCCGCUCCUGAAGGCAGCCUAUGCCCCGGCCACCUCGAUCUCCUACGCCCCCCUGGGCUACGCGGGCAGCAGUGCCGGGUGGUACGAGCCGGGAGUCUGGGGAGGAGCCAGUUACCCCAGCAUUUACCUGAAGUAG